CCUUCCCGCGCCUCGCAGUGACGGAGCCGCGGGUGGAAGAUGGCGGCCUGACGGGGGAGGCGGUGAAGAGACGGGCUGAAGUCAGCGUCGAGGAAAGAGCUGCAGGACGGAGGCUGGCCUGGGCGAGGGAGAAGGCAGGAAAACUGCAGUCGUUCAUCUUCGAGAGGGACUCGAGCUGAUCAUGUCCGGCUUGUGAAAACGUAACUCAUCGUAACGUGAAACGCAAUGUCCCUGUUGUUUACUCGUUCCAACUCAAUAGUUGCAGUGAAGAAGGAUAAAAGACACAUGGCUGAGGUAAAUGCCUCUCCACUGAAACAUUUUGUCACUGCAAAGAAGAAAAUCAAUGGUAUCUUUGAGCAGUUGGCUGCAUACAUCAAUGAGAGCUCCUUGUUCCUGGAAGAAACACAUAGGAACAUAGAGCUUGAUCCUGUCACCACGGAAGAGCAGGUACUGGAAGUCAAAGGCUACCUGUCAAAAGUCAGUGGUAUUAGUGAAGUGUUGGCAAGACGACACAUGAAAGUUGCUUUUUUUGGCAGGACAAGCAAUGGGAAAAGCACUGUCAUAAAUGCCAUGCUCUGGGACAAAGUUCUUCCUUCAGGAAUUGGACACACCACUAAUUGUUUCCUGCGUGUAGAAGGGACAGAUGGACAUGAAGCUUUCCUGCUUACUGAAGGCUCAGAGGAAAAAAAGAGUGUUAAGACAGUAAACCAGCUGGCUCAUGCCCUUCAUCAAGAUGAACUUCUGAAUGCUGGCAGCCUAGUCAGUGUAAUGUGGCCCAAUUCCAAAUGUCCUCUCUUGAAAGAUGACCUGGUGCUGAUGGACAGCCCUGGCAUUGAUGUAACCACAGAGCUGGACAGUUGGAUUGACAAAUUCUGCCUGGAUGCUGAUGUAUUUGUCCUGGUGGCAAAUUCUGAAUCAACAUUGAUGCAAACUGAGAAGCAGUUCUUCCACAAGGUGAACGAACGUCUGUCUAGACCCAAUAUAUUUAUUUUAAAUAACCGCUGGGAUGCCUCUGCUUCUGAGCCAGAAUACAUGGAAGAGGUGCGACGACAGCACAUGGAGCGAUGUACCAGUUUCCUGGUAGAUGAACUGGGUGUGGUGGAUCGAGCCCAGGCAGGGGAUCGAAUUUUCUUUGUGUCUGCAAAAGAAGUGCUGAAUGCAAGGAUUCAGAAGGCUCAAGGGAUGCCAGAGGGAGGUGGAGCACUGGCAGAUGGAUUUCAAGUAAGAAUGUUUGAGUUUCAGAACUUCGAGAGAAGAUUUGAGGAAUGCAUCUCGCAGUCAGCAGUAAAAACCAAGUUUGAGCAGCACACGGUGAGAGCAAAGCAGAUCGCGGAAGAUGUUCGUCUCAUCAUGGAUUCUGUGCAUAUUGCUGCCCAGGAACAGCGAGUUUAUUGUCUAGAAAUGCGAGAAGAGCGACAGGAUCGUUUGGGUUUUAUUGACAAACAGCUGGAGCUCCUUACUCAAGACUAUAAGAGGAAAAUAAAACAGAUCACAGAGGAAGUGGAGAGGCAGGUGUCAAAUGCAAUGGCAGAAGAAAUCAGACGGCUUUCAGUGUUGGUAGAUGAAUACCAAGCAGACUUCCAUCCAUCUCAAGUAGUUCUCAAAGUUUACAAGAGUGAGCUGCAUAAGCACAUUGAGGAAGGCCUGGGUCGGAACAUGUCAGAUCGUUGCUCCAAUGCCAUCACAGCUUCCCUGCAGACAAUGCAGCAAGAAAUGAUAGAUGGUUUAAAACCUCUUCUCCCAGUCUCGUUGCGUGGCCAGAUAGACAUGUUAGUUCCUCGGCAGUGCUUCACACUCAGCUAUGAUCUGAACUGUGACAAGCUUUGUGCUGACUUCCAAGAGGACAUAGAAUUCCAUUUCUCUCUUGGAUGGACAAUGCUGGUGAACAGGUUUUUGGGACCAAAGAAUGGUCGACGGGCCUUGAUGGGCUAUAAUGACCAGAUUCAACGCCCUUUAACACCAGCAAAUCCCAGUCUGCCUCCUUUGCCUCAAGGCUCUAUGACCCAGGAAGAGCUCAUGGUGUCGAUGGUGACUGGACUGGCCUCACUAACUUCCCGAACUUCCAUGGGGAUCAUCGUGGUCGGAGGCGUGGUCUGGAAGGCUGUGGGUUGGAGGCUGAUUGCUCUCUCGUUUGGCCUUUAUGGGCUCCUUUACGUGUACGAGCGCCUCACCUGGACCACCAAAGCAAAAGAGCGCGCUUUCAAACGGCAGUUCGUGGAGUACGCCGGGGAGAAGCUGCAGCUCAUUGUCAGCUACACAGGUUCCAACUGCAGCCACCAAGUCCAACAAGAGCUUGCUGGAACAUUUGCUCAUUUGUGUCAGCAAGUGGAUGUCACACGGGAGAAUCUUGAGCAGGAAAUUUCUGCCAUGAAUAAAAAAAUUGAAAUUCUGGAUUCACUGCAGAGCAAAGCGAAACUGCUCAGGAAUAAAGCAGGUUGGCUUGACAGUGAACUCAACAUGUUCACGCAUCAAUACCUGCAGCAAAGCAGAUAGUGUGGAAAGAAGAGAAAACCAACACUGUUUCCUGUCAGUGCUCUCUUAAUUACUGCAGAGAACAUGGUGGGUGAUGGAAUUCCCUCAAGGGAACGAGCAAGAGCCUAUUGCUACGUUUCCAGUGUUGUGUGAACAAUAGGAUUCUGCUUCCCUGUUUGUGUCCCACCUCUAAACACUAGCUGUUUAUAACUCCUCUUUUUCCUCCUUGUGAGACCUGGCUACUUCAGAAGGAAUGUGUGCUUCAUACAUUUACAGGGGGCUUUUUAAAGCAAAACCAAAUACAGUAACAAAUCUAAAACAAAUGUUUGUCAGGUUAAAAGUUAUUCUGACAUGUCCUUAUGGAGUCAUUCAUUUUGCUACGUGGUGACAACUUUUGACUUCCAAGCCCCAGGUUUAUGUAUGUGUGACAAGCAGCCAUUUGCCUAAAGACAGAUCCCACACACACAGAUGUAAUGGUAUCACAAUGCAUUUAUAGCCUAUGCAGGCCUAUCCCCUAGGUUAAUACUCUGUUACUAUAGGCCAGGACAGAAAUCACCGUGGCCCUUCAUAGGAAGAUUUAUUACUGUCAGUUUGUUUAAACCUAUGAACAAAACAUAGUUCUCUUCUGGAGCAAAAGGGACUAAGAUUUUGCUUUGGUAAGCUUACUGUCUUUGGAAUUAGUUUCUUCCUCUUAAGAGCACUUCAAUAAUGCAGUCUGGCCUGUUUCAUGUCAUGGACAAAGACAAGUAGCUCCUGUGAAGGGGAUAGUGCUGAUAAUCUGGCAUCUUGUUGAGGAAGAGAAAUAGGAAAGAGAAGCUAGUUGACAGAAGAAUGUGAUGAACUGUUUUAUGAGAUAAAUUGAUGAGUGUGGGGUUUUUUUUGGAAAUGCACAGCUAUGUUUCUAGAAGCAGGCCUCUGGAAUUCCAUUACCACUAUUUGUCCACAAGAACAGCAUGUGGAUUACAAGCUGGAAGAGAUUUUGCUCAUGUAGAGUUCCCAUAGAAUUUUGCAGUCUGUAGUAAUAUGAUUUGAUGUUGUUCCUCUUCUAAGUAUGAGAAUGAGCUGGUAAGUGCAGCUCUUGUGGGGCAGGGAGAGAGACUUGCCCCUUGUGUUUCAUGCCAGGGCAAGAGUGGAUUAAGGCAACUUGUUUUUUCAAAGAUGUUCUGUAUUUGCAAAUGGAUGAAAUUAAUUGUUGAGUUUUGCCCUAAAGCCAUUUUGAAUUUGGAGUUUAAGAUUUGAGAAUUGUUAAGGACUUCAGUCUGUUCCAUUUGGAGAAAUUACCACUGAUUUCAGUAGUAAGAGGAUUAGGUUCCUAUGUUGCAAAGUUUCUUUUCCACUUAGUGGGUCAAUAUUUUGCUAUCUUUUGGGUACAACCUUUCUGUUCCCCACAAAAUAUCUGAGGAAUCCAGAAUCAGAUCCUGUAUUCCUGAGGUUAGUGACAACCUAAAUCUGUUCAGCACCAAACUUCAGAGAACAUGGGCUAUCUUUGAGCAGGUCCCAGCUGAAUUCUCAACUACUAACAGUGAUUUGUUUUUUUUCCUGUUGACAAUGAGACUUUCCACUUGAAAAUGGUAUCAGCUGCCUUGGGAUUUCUUGUUCAUGCUCAGGUGUGAACAUGUGCAUGUGACAAGUCCCCUGUUUUAUGUGUCACAGAAGUUCCAGAAAGAAGCCUGACUUGUGAGUAGUAAAAAUAGUGAAAUACCAGUAAGUACUUUAGGCUAUUCUAAGAUCUGCAGUAAGACUUGAAGUAUCUUGAUAAUGUAGGAGCGGGUAGUGAGACUCUUGUUAUGUCCCCAGAAUGCAGGAAGCAAAGCAAACUUUUCACUUCAUUAGCUUUGCAUCCAACCCAAACUUGAAAAGCCGUUUUCAUCAGAGGGCUUCACUGGUCUUGGUUGGUUUCUUCAGGCAACCACCAGAACUUAAAGCUUGGAUCAGAUCUGAGAAUGAGGAAGUAAAAUUUUGAGUCUUUGCCUUUGGAAAUGUGAUCUCUAGGCUUGUGGUGAAGUAUACUGGAGUAAGUGGAAUCAUCUACUGUUACCCUGCUGCAGGUACUAUGUGAAUAAAUUCAGAUCUCUAGUUUCUCAGGCUAUCACAUACACAUUUAUAAUAGGCUAUAUAUUAACACUAUUGAGUUAAAGCAUUAAGCUCAUCCCUAAUACACCAGGAAAUUGUCAGUUCCAGGUAGAGGGAGAUGAUUAAGUAUUGCUGCUCAGCAGCUCUGGGCUACCUGAAAUGCUGACCUUGCUUUUGAAGCCACGUGCUGUUAGCAUCCCUUCAGUGGGCCUUUAAGGGAAAUGGGACACAUGAGCUUGUCUCUAAGCCAGUGACCUGUAAAGGGAAAAGAGAUUGAUGGGUUCUUAGAAUCUGGUGUGUUGCCAAUGUGUGUGUUUCUGAUACUGUUCAGAUUUUGGUGAUAGAGGCAUUCUCACGGUAAUGCUGAAACCUAUACAACAGGGAAAAGAACCACUUGAUUUUUUUAAGAAGCAAAACUGUUAACAUGGCAGGAAAAAGUUUUUAUCUAUGUGUGUAACCCUUGUCCCUAGAAGCCCAAGUGAUAGAGAAUCAAUCUUUUGAGAGGCCUAUGAGCUGGAUUCCUCUUAAAGAAAACAUAGCUGUACUUCUUUAAUUCAGAGUGGUGGAGGAAUGAACACUAUCAACAAGGAGGCUGUUCUCUGCUUUUCAUAAACACAGAAAACUAAUCCUUAGGUUGGGUCAUUCCAAACCAAUCUUUCCCAAACUCUUUUUAAAGAAGGUCAGCUAAAGGCACUUUAUCUUAUUGCUGCUACUUAUUUUUCUCAUUUUGUUAUGUUGAUGGAGCUCUUCGAAAUACUCUUACCAGUGAGUUUUCUUUCUGCUGUAUUUAAGGUGAUACAUUUGCAUGAAUUAUUCCUGUAUCAAUGCUGUAAACAGUGGAAACCAAAUAAAAGUUAAUUGGAAAACUA